AUGCCAACCAUUUUUGAGUGGGAAAUAGAUCCUGCUCCGGUGUGUGAGUCACAAAAUGACAGCGUUGAGGAGAUCAUUGAGCUACAAAAUUGCGAAGUUGGUUUAAAUAAAGAAUAUCGGCCCAGACGCGGUACUGCUGAUGCUUCGACGUCACCUAUCCGUAACUGUGUUUACUAUGAUAGUGAUCUUCAGGAAGUGGAAGUGUUGAAAGUGGAAGUUGAGACAUUCAAGCGCGAAAAUGCACACCUCAAAAAGGAUAACGAAAAGCAGUGCACCGAGCUCGCUACAUUGAAGCGGGAGUCCGACCUGCAAUUGAAGAGACACGCAUGGAAAAUGGAGUCACUGCAAAAACGUUUGGAUGAAAUGGCUGCCGAAAUGAAAAAUGUGGAAGAUGCACUAGCUUCCACCUUUACCAAAGGGCAGAUAGCGAAGCUGAAGUCUGGGUCGAAGCGACGAAAAUGGGCGGAAGAGGAUAUUGCGAAGUCAAUAUCGUUGUAUGCUGCCAGUCCUAAAGCAUACAGGUUGCUAUAA